GUGUUGAGGGUCUGGAGUUCUCAAGGAUCUCCAGUUUUUGGGGGUUUUGAGGUUUUUGAGGAUCUCAAUACCCGGCCCCUGGUGCCACGGGUGAUCCAGCACCACCCGUCACCGCGGCAGCACAAGGCCGACCCCUACGGCACCGGUCACCUGCGGGAGGCGCCGUCGCCGCUGCUGCUGCCGUCCCCACAGUUGGCCCCGUUCCAGGGUCUGGUGCCGCCUUCGCCCCCCCAGCAGAGCCUGCAGCCCAAAAAACAGGAGUUGCGCUCAGCCUCGGUGGUGCAGCCGCAGCCGCUGGGCGCGGGGCCCAAGGAGGAGAAGCUGCAGUCGCCGGCGCUGCGAGGGGACACCUUCAGCCCCCCCCUGCGCCAGGAGCCCCCCAAGGGCCACCCCGAGGGCCUCAAGGCCGCCCCACACCUCCCCCAGCGGCCGGAGCUGAAGCCCCUGGAGGGUCCCGGAGCCCGACCCGUGAUCCGACCCCCGGAGCCGACCCCGCCCAACCCCGAGAAGGAGCGGCAGAAACCCGAACCCAAAACCCCCGUGGCCCCAAAAAAGGACCUGAAGAUCAAGAACAUGGGCUCCUGGGCCUCUCUGGUGCAGAAGCACCCGCUGAUCCCAAAUCACUCCCAGUCACUCCCAGUUUGUUCCCAGUGCAUUCUGAUGGAUCCCAGUUUGUUCCCAGUAUAUCCCAGUCUAUCCCAGUUUAUCCCAGUCUCUCCCAGUAACUCCCAGUUUAUUUUUAGGAUCUGA